GGUUCCAGUUUUGCUUCUGUUCUCUUGCUUAUCUUAUAUACAGUCCACUCAAAAGGAUCUCAAAGUAUGUGAUAAAUAAAUACAGAGUCUGGUGUCGGUCACACAAGAGGCAGUUCAAGCAUUACUGUGGUAUCUGUUCAUACUCCAAAGAUCUUGCCAGAGGGGAAUGUUUGAUCUACAGCAGGACCAGAUGGCAUUUUGGUCUUUUGUGUUAUAAUUGAGAGAAAUGUGUACAUAUGUACCAGGUACUAUUGCGCCUUUGGUCUGAGUGCAUUUUGUAAUUAAAGCAGAAUAAUCCAAUCAAGAUUUUGCUUGACUAGUCCUGUGACUAUGAAAGGUAAAAAAAGACUGCAGGGCUUUAGCUGCUUUGAGAAUUAGGAAGCAGGUGACUGAAGUCCUGAGUUUAGUAGCAUUGUUCUGCUGCUGACGGGUUUUCUAAAACCUGCAGAGAAAGAAAGGGAAUUUUUUACUCAUGGAAACUUCAGCCCUUUCUGUAAACAAAACAUAAGCCACAACCAAGACAUGAACGGAACAAAUGUUUUUCUAUUUUAGUUUAUCCUAGACCCUGAAUACAUGCAAUAUGCUCUGUAUUCAAGGGGGAGGCUUGCAGGCCUGAGCUCUUUUCCUUCACUUCUGCCUGCAAAAUGCAUCUGAACCACCUGAGUGGGAGAAUACUCUAUUUCCCUUCUUUCCGGCACAUUGGCAGCUACCAAAUCCCUCUGUGGUCCAUCCUCUGUUGCAGAAGGAAAUUUUUCUUCUCAUAUGUCCCCUUACCAAACCAGAAUUUGCUAGUAAUGUAUGUCACCCUAUCCAGCUGCUUUGGCACCUAAAAGCCACUGUGGGUCACAGAGCUGGUGAGAACAGAAACAGCAUUGUCCUUGUUUGGCAAAUGGCCUCCCUUUGAUCCUGUCUUCCCUUAUUUCUCCUGAAGUGUCCUGAGCCAACUGAUGGGGAAGGGGCAUUCCCUUCCUUCCACCUUCUGUCCCAGAGAAUGGAGCAAGCUCUGCAGCUGCCAGGCGCCUUGGCACCUCUCAAGGUUUUAUGCUAACACAGGUCUGUCUCCACUUGGGAGCAGGAACCUUGAUUUUUUAAGAGCUGUAAGGCUCUGGACUUCAGGCUCAUCACAAGCAAGGCUUCCACAGAAUUCAUAGUGAAUUUGUACCAUGUGGAGUAGCUUACAUCUUUUAGGAUGGCAAGGGUUUGCUCCAUCAAGGGUUUGACCACUGGUCAAACUGCUUUGUGAACAAAAGGGGAAGUUACAGAAGUAGGUAGUGCUCUGGUACCUGCUCUGCUUUUGGCCCCUGGGCAACCAGCACAUAUUUGGAAGGAAAAGGAGCUGUUUUGUUGAGGAUGCACUGGUUAGUUUGUGACCAAAGGCAUCACAACUUCAAAUACAAAGUUGUGCUUUCCCACUGAAAUCUUCUCUACUUGUGGAAAUGCAAAUGCCUGCUUGCCCCAAAGUGUAUGACUGCUUGAACUUUAAAGUAGAAGGAAUGUUCAGAAUCUCCAGUCAUUCCCUCUAGGUGAUUCCCAGCUUACAACUUUGUGGAAAAAUACAUCACCUUGGGAUGUGCAAGCUAAUGCUCAUUAAGCCAAUAUAGGUUCUAAAAGCCAUAUAGUGCUGUGCUCCAUCCUGCUGAGUUAAUCAUGCUGAGAAGCAGAAUAGACACACCUCAGAGUGUGCUGCCAUUUGGCUAAACCACUUCAGGACCUGAAAUAGUACCAACGCCUACUCAGGAAUUCAUUUUGCCGUGUAAAAUGUACUCUUAAUUCCAUGCUUAAGAGGAAGAAAGACAAAGAUCCUAUAUAGACUUCACCACUGCUUCCUAUCUUACUUGUGCUGUUACUUGUUUAAGAUUUCAGCUGUUUAAUGGAGACCCUGAAGACCAAAUGUGGAAGGUGACUUUUUACAGCUCUGGAGCAGAUUGGGAAGCAUGGCUGCUAAGAAACUAAGAAGAGCACAGUUGUCUCAGGAAAUGUGUGAAAGACUGAGUCGCUAUCAGAUCACUACCUGUCAGGAUUUCUUAUGUCUUUCCCUCUUGGAGCUAAUGAAAGUGACAGGACAGAGCUACUAUGAGGUGCAGAAACUUCUUUGUAAAGUCAGCAGAGCUUGUGCUCCCAAAAUGCAGACGGCUUAUGAAAUGAAAUUAAGAAAGUCUGUCAAUCCUUCUUCAGCCUUUUUAACCACCACACUCCAUAGUUUGGAUAGAGUCCUGCAUGGUGGUGUGCCUUGUGGAUCCCUCACAGAGAUAACUAGCCCACCAGGUUGUGGCAAAACCCAGUUUUGUAUUAUGUUGAGUGUUCUGGCUACAUUGCCUGUAAGCAUAGGAGGACUGGAUGGGGCUGUUAUAUACAUUGACACAGAGUCUGCAUUCAGUGCUGAAAGACUGAUUGAGAUAGCAGCAAACAGAUUCCCUGCUUACUUUGACUCAGAUGAAAAGCUGCUCUGCAUGACCCGUAGCAUCCACCUGUACAGAGAGCUGACCUGUUGCAGUGUACUGAAGAGGAUUAUGUCUUUGGAAGAAGAAGUUAUUUCGAAGAAAGUUAAACUUAUAGUAAUUGACUCUGUUGCUUCAGUUGUCAGAAAGGAGUUUGAUACAAAACUCCAGGGCAAUCUGGCAGAAAGAAGUAAUUUUUUGACUAGAGGAGCAUCAGUGUUGAAGUAUUUGGCAGAGGAGUUCUCAAUACCAGUUAUCUUGACAAAUCAGAUCACCACAUCGCUGAGCAGUGGCCCUGGCAUCCGGGCAGACCUGGUGUCUCCAGCUGAUGAUUUGUCCCUGUCUGAAGGAUCUUCUGUGAGUGGGAAGAGGGAUUCUGGUUGUGUGACAGCAGCCCUUGGCAACACAUGGAGUCACAGCGUCAACACCAGGCUCAUACUGCAGUACCAUGACUUGCCAACAAGACAGCUCCUGGUUGCUAAAUCCCCUGUUGCUCCAUUCUCCACUUUUUUCUACACCAUUGAGAAAUCGGGCUUGGUUCUCCAGGACCGAAAGGAUCAAACAAAUUUAGUUUGGGAAGGAACCAAUCCUGCCCUGCAGCCCAUACGAGUGAGGAACACUGCCUUGAAAGAUACUUCACAUGAUGCUGCUUUACCCAGCCCUACUGGUGAGACUUCAAGAAAUGCAUCAAAUCUAUAGAAAGGACAAAUGAAACCUCCCCAAGGACUUGAAUGAAUGAUGACAUUGUUUUUCAAAAAUCUGGUGAAACAGAUUUUCUUGAGUAUUCUUCUUCUUCAUUAGUCCCUUCAAAGACUAACUUUAAAACCAGUGCUGUUCUUUGUAUGUGUGAGGCCAUACUUAACUCUGAACUUAUGAAAAACCUGUGUUUUGUUUAGGUUAAUAUAAGUGACAUAAUAAUAAAAGCCUCUGAACAACGUACAUGGUACUGAAGAAGCACAGGCCAUGUGUGCCUUCCUAAUUCACCUCACCACCUCAUCAAUUUGGAGGAGCCAAUGGCCAAGCACAGGAGUGUCCACAGCCCAAAACACAGUGAAAUGUUCACUUCUGUUUUUUUAAGAGAAUGAUAAGCCCACUCAGUGGCUUGAUUACAAAGCAGUAGUACAGUAAAUACUUAUUCCUGUAACUCACUUGGAAAUCAUCAGAGAUGCCCUAGGAGUUACAAAUAGCUGGGCUCUGACUGUGCAGAACGUUAGGAGAACAGGUAGCAAUAUAAACAGUGGGAAGAUCGAUGUAUUACAGCUGCUCAGCCUUCUCUGUCUUCAAAGCACUUUUGAAGUAUUCAUAACAUGACUGCAAACCACAGAACUAUUUGCUCACCUUAAAGACUUAGGGAAUGUAUGACUUGCUCAAGGCCACUAAAAGCAUCCCUGGCUGUGCCAUGAUCAGGAUCUGGUUGUUCCCGGCUCUCAAGCCCACAGGAAAGAAUUGGGUUCAGUUACUGCCAGCUGCCACUGCACCGUCACCAUUGGCCUGAGAGGCUGGUUCUGUCCUCUACCACCACAAGGAAAGCCUCCCUGAGCACCCUCUUGAAAGCAGAGUAACCUGUACAGAGAUAUGAGAGGUCUGCGAGUACUGCCGAAUGGCUGUAGGUAACCCAGCAGGGAAAUGAGCUGCAGUGAGGCCACCUGAGGCAGCCAGGCAGGCAGGUUGCCAGCUGCUGUUUGCUGGGCAGUCUAGGGGUGAUAGAGUUCCUGGGAGCACGUGGACCCAUACUAAAAAGUAUAACGCACCCUAAAGUGUGGCAGUGCCAGAGAUGUGGAAACUGAUGUUGCAUCACUCCCAGCCGCCAGAUAGCGUGGCAUGGAGAGGGCAGCUAUCUGCUUGCAUGCCUGCUCACACAGCUUUGGAUUCUUCUUUAACAAGGAAGUUUCCAUCACAACAAGGAGGCUACUGCAUUUCAAUAAGCUACUUCUAAAAGUAAUACUUUUCACCCUGGGGAAGAGCAAUUUUUGAGUUUCAGUGUUACCAGUUUUGUGCUUUGAAGAGACCUUUGUAACAUGCAAUUUUAAUUUUGUUUUAGCUAAGAUUUAGAUUUUCUUCUUGACAGUGCUGCACUACCGGCCGCUCAAACCCUGUUGAACUUGCUUGUAGCCAUUUUAUCUGAGUAUCUUGUAAAUAUUUGGUAGAGCACUCAGACAGAGAAGUGUUUUUUGCUCUUACAGUCACAUGCCUGGUUCCAGGACCUUUAAGAAGUACAAAAGACUGAAGGCAGGGAAAAUUCCACUGAACUGCAUUCAAGUCUCCAGGGAGCAACUGCACUCUGUUUAGACUAAAAUUUCUCAUUGCUGUCUCUCCCUAUUAAAAAAAAAACAUGGAAGGAUUGAGAGGGGAAGCUAGAGGGUUUCAUUAUUAUAAACACCAGAAUGCAAGAAAGCACUGUUUUCACUCAUUUCUCUCAUAUUGCAGACCCAUUUGCAGUUGGAGAGGGAGAUAAGCUUUUUAAUGCUCUCUGCACUACCUGGGAAAUUUCCAUCAAGUUCUAAAAUGUUUUACAAACAUUAGUGACUUAAAGCUUAAUCCCCUUCUUCUCAUCCCCAUGAAGCAAGUACAGUUUAAAGACAGAGCUACUGAGACCAAAAAUAGUUCUGCUUUGCUGAAGUCAGAAGGACAGCAUGGUAAGAGAACUUGGGUCUUUUGAGUCCCACCUUUCUGUCUUACUCCACGAACAACACACAUUCCCUCCCUUUCCAAGCCUUGCUCUAUUUCCCUUCCUAGGAUAUAGUGAAAAAUGCAGGCAUCACACCUUGAGACCACCUUGGCUUUUGCCCCUUGCUCACAACUGCUGUCCCAUGGAAUGAAGAUGAUGAAAAGAUUGAAGAGGAAUAUGAGGUGAGGGAAAAAAAUUCAAGUCACCACUCUGUCUGCCUUGGGCAUGUUCUGCCUCCACUGCUACCAGUGGAGCUGGUGUUCUGUUGGGAGCAACCUCAAAGACGUUUGUAUGUACUUCCAUAUAAUAUUCAGGCAGAACUGUGGUAAAAAUGCCAUAAUCAACAAGAGAGCUCGGCUGACAAGAAAAUUGGACAGAUGAGCCAAUAAGUGAUUCCUGUAUUGAAUAUAUGUAAUUUCAUUAUCCUUCUGUAUGUGACCUGCAUUUCUUACUGCUUAUUAUUAUUAGCAUCCUGUAACUACAGCUGCAGACAUCUCUUGCACCUCUUCGGAAGAGAGGGAUAAUCCAUCAGCCAGUUCUUCUCCAAUGAUAUGAGUAAGAUUUUACCAGAGGGAUUAAUGGUCAGUUGAAGAGGGUUGUUCCCAGCAGGGCUAAGCAAAAAGCAGCGUGCACCUGAGUUAUGAAGUGGAAGAGAAGGAAACAAAUCUAUAGAUUUUAAGUUCUUAAAUUAGUUUCCCCUUUGCUUCCCUUGUUCACACUGAUAAAUAACCAGACAUGCAAAGCUGGAUGUGUUGACAGUCACCAGUGUAAGCAGGACUGAAAGCUUCUCCCACUGUGCAAACAAGCCUGAAGUCAGUCAGCUACCAAAACCAGAUCAGUAUGUACCAGCUAUUCCAACCCAUGUAGAUGAGAGAUAUUGGAAGGAAAAUCAGUCCUCCUGUCUCUCCUGUGACCUUAUGACAUACCCCAGCACUAGAACCUUUGGCCUCUUAAUGCCGUUACCUUUUGUGUCAAGGCUCCAGCACUGAUCCUUGGGUUGGCUGCUUCCCUAGCACUCUUCCCUGUAGAAUAUCCAGACUCGGUGCAAAUGCUGUGCACAGUGCUCAUUUCAUUCCCUGCUGAAAGGCAGCCAGGCCUGAGGUGGAACAUGGCAAGCGCUUCGCCGCACCUGGCAACUCCACACAGCUGCUGAAAACAAGCGAGGAAGAAAACAGUGUACAAAUGCAGGGGAAUUUUCACAUAGGCAGGAUGUAAUUAGCAGAGCUGGAAUUUGGCCAGGACACUGGGGUUAAAACACUGGCUUGCAGGUAACACACUGGGAUCUUUCAUAAUUCAAAUGCUCAGGAUCUCCCAUUUCCAUUUUACCUGGAAGAUGUCAGAGGACUGUUCCCUAUUUAAUGGUCAUGGGCAGCUCUCGAACAUCUGACACAAAGGAAGAAGUGUCUAAAUGGUGCUGCACCUGCAGAGCUUCUCUGCCAGCAGCUGCCCACCAUGAACAACAGCUCAAAGGAUCACAUCGUGACAGGACCACGGCUGCACUCCUGUAAAACACACCUCCAUGCCUUGGGUUCACUUCACCCCUAACCCUCAUUACUCAGUUUUUGGGCCUCAAAUCCCUUCCAAACAGAAAGAGAAGAUGAUAAAACUAGGGCAGCACCUUUCGCUUAAAACACAAGAGAGAGAAUAUUACCAUUAGGUGCUGCUUCAACCUUGUUCUCUGCCAUUUGAAAUAAUUUCAGAUAGCUAUUGGACAACAGAGAAUUUAGAUGAAGCACUUCCUCCCAGUGUAGAUGAAUAAACUUUUCCAACUGGCCUUGCUGGUAAUACACAGACCAUGAAGAGUUUUUGCUGCCGUCUUCCUUCCAGCAGGGAAAUUAUGUUCAAACCAGCAAAACAUUUUUUUUCCACUUCAUGAUCUCACUUUCUGUAUGAGCUAUUUUCUGUUUACUACGAAGAUGUUGAAUGUCCACAAAAGAUCAGGGAAGUUCAUUCAUGAACCUCACAUAUGUAAAAGUCUGCAUUAUGUUUCUACCAUGAUGUGGCCCACAAUCUGAAAUACAAAUAAUUGCAAACCUCUAACCCCUUGUCAGUCUGACCUGCAAACACGUGCACUCAAAGAGCUGACUUCCCCUGUGUAGUGCAGUGUGUGCAAGCAAAACAAGAAGUGUUCCUGCCAUCUGAAAAAGUAUAAUCUCUGCGUCAGUAAGUCAUAGAAAAGGGACCCCUCCUCUGCCUCUGAGAGCCUACCAUGCCAGCUUUUGGUUUAUUUGCAGGGGGGAGGGAAGAGGGGUGUUUGUAUGCCCAGGCUGCCAUGCAAGCCCCCUCUCUGUCAAGUGUUGUUUAAUGCAACCACCAACUAAACUUGACGAGUAGCUCAGUCAGUGAGACAACAAACCUACAGACAGCCUUCAGUGGCAAAAUGCACUGGGGAGAGUAAAGAGCGAGCAGCUGCAGGCAACAGGAAAUCCAGCACUAAUAAAUAAAACGUCUUAUAGCCAGAAAGAGGAAAUAAACAGCAGCAGCACAAACUAAGAGGACAGAAGAGAGCAUAACUGUGGCAUGGGAAUCACUGAGUUACAGUGAGCUUAUUUUUACAGAACGUUGUCCUGGUUUGUUAUGUGUUCAGACUGCAAAAAAAGUGGGGGAGUAGGGGAACUGCUCAAAGAGAGGGUCUCUAUCAGAAGUUGUCAACAACCACUGUAAUUAAGGAAGCAGCCAGAGCACACACAACCAGAGCUACUGCCAAACUGAAAUGAAAGCAUUUUUUGUUUUCAGCUGUAGCCCCAAAGGAUAAUAAAAGAUGUUUCUACCAUGCCAAGUGAGGAGCUGCAGGACACCAUUUCUAGAUGGCCCUCCUCCCAUCUUUCCAAAAUUAUACACUGUGGGGAAGCAGCAAGUUACUGUUCCUAAGUGUGCUUUCAAAGCCUGUGCCCGCACACUCCAUCUGACUGCAGCCACCUGGGAAGGCCAGCCACAAGACAGGUGGGUCCCCAAC